GAGCCAGCGGCGGAGAGCGGGCUGCAGCGGGCCGACCCCGCGGCCCUCGCCUGGGACAGCAGCAUCCGAGGAAGCCGAGCGCAGCGCCCCCGGAGCCCCGCGCCGCCCGUGCACCCCGCCCGCCGCUCCCGCAGCAUGAGGCGCGGGGCGCCCUGGCUCUGGCUGUGCCUCUGCGCGCUGGCGCUGCGCCUGCCGCAAAAUGUGGCCACCAACGUGCCCCCCGAAGACCAGGACAGCUCCGGGGAUGACUCGGACAACUUUUCCGGCUCAGGCACAGGUCCUCUGCCAGACCUCACCUUGUCGCACCAGAGCCCCCCCACCUGGCACAGCCUGGGGCUCCUGACCAGCAGGCCUAUGGCCCCCGACCCCACCAGCCUGGCCACCUUGGCCACCUCAACCUCCAUCCCGCCAGCUGUGGAGGGCUCCAAGGAGGAGGCACCUGUGUUCCCUGCCCAGGUGGAGCCUGACGCCUCUGCCCAGGAACAGGGGUCCACCCACCCCCCUGGAGAGACCAUGCAGCACCCCACCACCCACUGGGCGUCCACAACCAGAGCCACCACAGCCCAGGGGGCCGACACCUCUGCCCCCCACGGGGUUACACAGCCCGGCCACACCCAGACCUCAGUGUCCACGCAGCCCAGCCAGCUCGGCCCCAGUGUUCACAGCCUGGGGGAGGACGGGGAGCCCGAGGCCACCAGCACGGCUGCCGAGGAUGGCGCUUCCAACCAGCUCCCAGUGGGAGAGGGCUCCGGGGAGCAGGACUUCACCUUUGAGACAACUGGGGAGAGCCUCCCCGGGCCUGUGGUGAAAGACCACCGGAACCAGCCCCCCCAGGGGGACCAGGGGUCCACAGGUGCCUCCCAGAGCCUCCUGGACAGGAAGGAAGUGCUAGGAGGUGUCAUCGCUGGAGGCCUGGUGGGGCUCAUCUUCGCCGUGUGCCUGGUGGCCUUCAUGCUGUACCGGAUGAAGAAGAAGGACGAGGGCAGCUACUCCCUGGAGGAGCCAAAACAGGCCAACGGUGGGGCCUACCAGAAGCCCAGCAAGCAGGAGGAGUUCUACGCCUGACGGGGGGCGCCCUCCUCCCUCUCCCCCUGCCACCUGCUAGGCCCCCAAUUGCCUCCUCCAUGACGAACCGCAGGCCCCACCUCCCACCACCUGCCUCCCCUAGGGCCCCCUCCUCCCCGGAAUCAGGAGGGGGGGGGACUCAGUGAGGGGACCCUUCUGCUUCUUAGACUUCUGCCUGGAGACUUGGGUGCGAGGGCUUUUCUUGACCUUUCCGCCACCACAGUUUCCGCCCUUCUGACUCAGUUUCCCCAAGCUGGAGUCACCGCUCCCCCUGCCCGGCUCUGGAGACGAAGGGUCUCUGUGGUUCCCUUGGGACCCGGAUGGCCGGUGGGCAGGAAGGUGCCAGGACCCACGGGUGACACGUCUGUAGCACUUACUUGUAGAGCCCGACGGCCCCCGGGAGUUGGGAGGCUGCGGGGGCUGAGGAGAAGGCUUGGGGCUCAUCCUCAUUCACUUCCUGUUGCGGGGAGGUCUCCGUUAUCGGUCAGGUGUUUCUCUGUCCAGCGGCCCUAGACUUUGGUCCUCCAGAGGACUGUGGUACCUUCCAUCUUGACCCCCCUAAGUCUGUGAUCAGGAAACCAUAUCAGGGUUAGGACCUCUGCUUUUUUUUUUUUUUUUUUUUUUGUCUUUUUUGUUUUGUUUUUAAUAGAAGAACCAAAACCCGGAAGCCAGCAUAGACAUUGAAGUUGGUGUUUUGUCUCUGGGCUGUCACUCCUGUGUGCGACAGGGUAUGUGGAUUGGAUGGUCUGUGGGCUGGCCCCUCCUGGCUGCCACGGGACGGACGCCAGCGUGUGUGUGUGUGUGUGUGUGUGUGUGUGUGUGUGUGUGCACACGUGCAGUCACACCCAUGUCCAUGGACUUGGGGCUGCGUGGCCGUGGCCUAGACUGCUGUGUGAGCGUGGGAUUCCUGGCACCCCAGGCCUGACACUGAAGAGAGGGAGGGGACUGUGGCGAUGGCAGAGGUGGCCAUGGAGCCAGGGGGUCUGCCGCAGAUGAAGCCCUUCCUCUGGGGCCGCCCCUGGGGACAUAUUCUCCAGGAUGGUGAUGGGGGGGGGGUCCUGGGUGCACCCUGUGUGGAGUUGCCCCCCUCCCCACCCCCCCCCUCCCCAAUGCCCUUUUACUGCCCUGCCCUGGGCUGGAUUCAGGAACCUUUCCAAAGAAUGAUCGUCUUUUUGCUUUUGGCAAAACUCUACUUAAUCCAAUGGGUUUUUUUCCCCCUCUGUACAGUAGACUUCCCAAGUGUAAUAAACUUUAAUAUAAAGUA